UCAGAGGAGUGCGGGCGCUGUAAACAAAAGGGCGCCAUUUCUCUCUCAAUUUCGAUACACUUGUCAAACGCUUUUCCUAAAUAAUAAUAGGCUAUAGUCCAAGUGCAGGGAUUAAUUCAUAACUCAACGCCAUGAAUCAUCCAAAGAAGAUUUCCCAGGAGACCUUCGAUGCCGUAGUUCGUGAAAAUAUAGAGGAAUUCGAGAUGGAUUUAGACGAAGCCGUUUCUGAUGCUAUGGAGCAAUUUGUUAGUCAAGGCGUUGAUUUGAGUAACUUGAUUACGAGUUACGUGAGAGAUGAGUCGUGUGAGGGCGGACUUAGGCACAGUAACCCUGUGAAAGAUGCAUUAAGUGAAAUCCAAGCCAGCUCAAGCAACGACAACAAGGAUCAUCUUAUCAAAGCAUUUGCAAGCUUCCAGGCUGAAUGCAACAGUGAAAAUAAUAGAAAAUUUGCUGCCAGCCAUAACGCCAUCCCGAUAUUGUUAUCAUCAUUCAAAGCAAUCAAGGGUGACAAAGAGACACUCUGUAGAGGUCUUGAGGCUUUUGGCACAUUUGUGAAUGGUCAAGCUAAUAUCAUUGAUAGAGAAACCAUUGAGUUUCUGUGUGAAUGUCUCAAAGACUCUACCAAGCAAGAGGGGUUAUUGGAGGUGGUUCUUAUAUGUGUAAAUCAUAGCUGCAUCAAGAGUGAAUCAAAUCGUCAAACGUUUGUCGAACUAGGAACUAUUCCAAUCCUGAUAGAUGUUUUAGGGAUCCAUAAACAAAAUUCUUCUGUUAUAAAAGAGACAUGCUUUGUGCUGCGAGUUUUGACAUUUGAUGAUGAUAUGAGUGUACCGUUCGGUAAAGCUCACGAGCAUGCUAAGCAGAUUGUUGCUGAUAAUGGUAUCAGUGCCCUAAUGGAUGUAAUGGAAGUUUGUGGGGAAAAUGUGGAAGUGGUCAGUGAGCUGUGUGCGACCCUUGGCAGACUUUUCGUAAGGGAUGAGUUUUGUAAGGAAUUUAUUGAUAUUGGAGGUCUAAAAGUCAUGUUAAAGAUUCUAGAGGAGAAAAUCGACCACCAGGCUGUAGUAAAACAAGUCUGCUUUGUCUUGCGUGUUCUAGCGGGUAAUGACGAUGUCAAGAAAGCUAUUGUAGCAACCCAAGGGAUGGCGCUGAUUGUUGCAUCCAUGACCAAGCAUGCCAAGCAGGCCUUUGUAGCAGAACAGGGGUGUGCCGCUCUUGCAUCUAUCGCUCUAAGAAUGCCGGAUAACUGCGCUGCUAUUAUCAAUGCUGGUGGGCAUGAAGUCAUUCUAAAGGCAAUGCAGAUGCACCCAGGAGUUGUAGGAGUGCAGAAACAAGGAUGUCUUGCCAUCAGGAACCUGGUGGCUCGUAACCCAGAGAAUUGUGAGCCAAUCCUAGGAGCGGGUGGAGAAGCACAGAUUAGAUACGCCUACAACACCUAUCCUGAAUCUCAUGACCUGGCCAAGGCGGCCCUGCGUGAUCUACAGUGUGAUGUGGAGCUACGGGAAUUAUGGACUGGAAGUGGCCAGGGUAUCCAGAGACCUUUUUAUGAAUGAUUGUAUUUUGAUUCAAGAACAGCCUGCUAUAUGUCAGGCACCUAGCUAAAGGGGGGAGGGGGGGGGGGCGCACAACCAUCUUGUUCUCUGCUUGUUUUUAUGGCAUUCUCCCCCCCCCCCUUUACCUAUGCUUAUAUAGUGUGUGUGUGUGUGUAUUUUUACAGUAUAUGAACAUGUUCUUUUAGAUGUAUAGAUGUUGUAUCUUUUUUUUGUCAUCUAGCUGCACUUCUAGUACUAAUUUAUCACCCAAUUUCACCAGAUUUUGAAAUACUUGUAUUGGGAUACGGGUAUUUAGAAGUAUGUUAGUGUAGAAGAAAAUAUAUUAUGAAACAUCGCUUAGAUCAUAAGCUGGUCUCACUCGCUUUAGAAUGUCUAUCGAGUAUCUAUGAAAAUGCAAGUCCCGCUACAGCGAGUAUCCCUUAUACGCGGAAUCUGUGUACCGCGUAUAUUUUUAAGGGAAUCGGACUUAGGGAAUCCCACAGGAAGGUCACCUGUGGUACCCGUAUAUAAACUCUUUUAUCCAACAGAUUAUCAGUAGAGAGUAUUUCGUUCACUAAUAUUAUGUCAUUUUGCAUUCCAAGAUCCCUUUAUUCAUUAAAAUCCUAGGAAAUUUCA